AUGUCCAAGAUCGCAUCCACCUUUUCGCGUCUGGUGCGCUUUGUGCCGAAGUCGAAUCCCGCCAAGGUUCUCAUCGGCGAGCCUGUCGAUCCGCAGCUCGACGUGGGACUGGCCGUGUAUCAGGGCAAAGAAGUCUCGGUGCGUCCAUUCUCGGGAUCUUCUGUCCUGAGCCCUGGUCAGCUUACUGGCGGCGCGACCGAGACCAUUGCGCGACUGCUGUCUCCGCUGGCGCAGACCGAAGUCGGGUCCAUCCGCUGCAUUGGGUUGAACUAUGUUUCGCAUGCGAAGGAGAUGUCUCUCGCUAUUCCCGAUGUGCCGACCCUCUUCAUGAAGCCCUCGACUGCACUGGCUGAUCCCUGGCCCGCGCCCACGGUGCUGCCCAAGCUUACCCAGCAGGACAACACCGGCGACUACGAAUCAGAGAUGGUUAUUGUCAUCGGUCGUGACGCGAAGGAUGUGCCGGAGUCCGAGGCUCUGGAUUAUGUGCUGGGCUAUACAGCUGCCAAUGACGUCUCCAGCCGUACUUCACAGAUGAACCAGAGCCAAUGGUGCUUUUCCAAGGGGUUUGAUGGAGCCUGCCCUAUUGGCCCCACCUUGGUUUCUGCUGCUCUGAUCCCCGAUGCUAGCAAGCUCCACAUCCGUGGUAUCAAAAGCGGUCGUGUGAUGCAAGACUGCCCUCUGAGUGACUUGAUCUUCAGCGUCCCGCAGCUGAUCAGCUUCCUCUCCCAGGGCACCACCCUGUCCGCCGGUACUAUUAUUUUGACCGGUACCCCGCCCGGCGUUGGUGCGGCCAAGAGCCCAAAGGAGUUCAUCAAGGCCGGCGAUGAGUUCUCCGUCGAGCUGCUACCUCAUGUGGGAACCCUCAUCAACAAAAUUGAGAACCAAUAG